UGGCUACCUCGCCGGUGCAGCAGUGGGCAAAAAGCCUGGCUGCCCAAGGCGAAGGUCCGAAAGGGCCUUCGGGCCCAGCCCCGCCCCGCCCGCCGGGGUCCCAGCCCCGGCCCCGGCCCAGGGCGCUCCCGCGCCUGCGCACUGCGGCCCCUGAGCUACUGGUGGGUCCCAGCUGGGCUCCGAAGAUGGCGGACCGCGCCGUCGCCCGCGGCAGCGGCACCACAUCCUUGCGGGGCCUGCGGGAACGCAUGGUUGCUGAGGCCCGUGCAAUAGCUGAAGAAAGACGGAGUCAGAUUGGAGUUAAUUCUUUGGUUAUUUAUUCACCCAACAUGAGAUCAUCAGUUAAACCAGUUAUAGAUGGAUCUGUGCUUAAAAACGAUAUAAAACAAAAGUUAGCAAAAGAGCGCAGAGAAGAAAAACAGAGACAAGAUGCCAAUAAAGAACUACAACUGCAUGAAAAAGAAAGAAAGGCCAAGAUCCAGUAUGAAAAAUAUUUGGAAGAGAAGCACCGAAAGCUACGGGAACAGAAAGAAAAAGAUGAAAGAAGAAGGGUAUUAGCAGAAGAAAAAAGAAAACAAAAAUUAGAAGAAGAUCAGGAAAGAUUUAAAGCGGUUCUUUCUCGUACUUUGGAACGAAGUAAUCGUAUGGAUCAGAAGCAAAAGCGAUGGUCAUGGGAGGGCUCUCCUGCAGUGACCUGUGAAAGCCAGAUCGGUCUUCAGAUUUCAUCCGGUGAAUUAAGAACAGAAAACAAGAGAAGCUCAUCUUUGAACCGAAAAGAGAGUAAAAUGCGUCUCUCUAAUGGACAUAUGGAAGAGAAGACAGCUACUCACUGUCAUAAUAAUACUCCAGAGAAUAAUUUAGUCGGUCAUCUACUUACCCCAACAAAAAUACCCGUAGUGAGAAGCAGGAGUGCUGCUUCAUUGUCCAUCACAAGAAAAGAAAGUCCAGAUUUGAACAAAAAACACAUAAAAUGUACACCGAAUCCAUCACGAAGCCAUAGUAGUGAAGAAUUGAAGACUUCCACUGUGCACUACAAGUCAGCAGUGAAAGUGCCUUCACAGUCAAAAGUGGAAGUGGCUUCCCUGGCAAAGAGAGAAAAAACAAAAGCAUCUCCAGAAGUAUCUUCUGUGAUAAGCAGGGAAGAACUACCAAAGGUGAAUCUGGGCACCACCCCCACGAUGAGUGACAAUGUAGACAUGCUCACCUCAGUGGCUAUGGAGGCAACCCCAGGAGUGAGCGGAAUGCAGACCUCUUCUAGUUUGAGUACAGAUACUCUCACAGAGGUGACAAUGGACAUGUACUCUGAAUUAAGUAUGGACACCUCCCCCCUGACCAGCGUGGAGGCAUCUCCAGUGGUGAGUUUAGACACCUCCCCGGAGGCGAGCACCGAUGCCUCCCCGGUAGCUAGUGUAGACUUUUCUCCUGAGGGUAGUAUUGAAGUCUCCCUGGAAGGUAUGCAGGUGCUGCCUGAAGCAAGCGGGAACGCUUCCUGCAGAGCAGGUACAGAAGGCAAGUCCGACGCAAGUAUGCAAGAAUCAUGCAGGGAGAGCAGGGAAGCCCUGCGUGAGGUGCUGAUAGAAGCGACCCCUCGGACAAAUGUGGAAGAGCCCCCCAAGAAACUGGAAAUUGACACACAUAUCACCAACCCUAUUAUCAAGAAGCACCAGUCAGGAAAUAUCCCCCGUUUUAAGUGGCCUUUAUCUCCUACAAAGGAGAGGCGUCCAACCUCACCCAUAACUACUGCGCAAAAUCAAAAGAAUUGCCCCCCAUCACCUUCUCCAGCCUUGAAACAAUCAUCACCAUCCCCUCCAUCCUAUAAAAUAAUACCUGUUCAACGUACCGUUUGUGUGCCAAAUGCAUUAGAUACUUUGAAAGAGAAAAGAGAAACUGUUUCUAAAACUACAAAUGAUGAAGCUGUGAAGCAAAAGCAUAUGAUUCAUGAUGGGUCUGGUAAUAAAAGCACACCAGGGAACAUGAGUGCUGAAGAAGCGACAAAAAUUUUGGCAGAAAGGCGCCGUCUUGUUAGAGAACAAAAAGACAAAAAGGAAGAAGAGAAUCUCCAAAAAGAAGUUGAACAAAGGAAAAUGGCAGCUGUGUCAGACAAAAUGGAUGAAGCCCAAGUUGAAGAAUUCUCAAAAUGUGAAAAUAGGCAACAGGAAAAAGAAAUUGAAAACAGCACAGGACAGAAGCCUCAAGAAGACCAGGAAGUAAUGCAACAGAAAGGAGAUGCCAAAAUAAAUGCUUGUGAAGAAGCCGAUAAACGCAAGAAGGAACAAGAGAGGAUUAUGUUACAAAAUCUGCGAGAAAGAUUGGAAAGAAAAAAGAGAAUUGAGGAAAUUAUGAAGCGGACAAGGAAGCCAGAGCCAGAUGCUUCCAAGGCCAUGGAAGCGUCUGGCAAUAACAUAACUGAAGAAGAAGAAGCUGAUGAUGAGGACACCAAAAGUGAGAAGGGCUGUCUUAACACAUUUUCAUCAGGUACUGGACAUAAUGGAGAUUCAUCUGCCAAACUCAAAAUACCUUGUAAAAAUGCCACAAGAAUACCUCAGAAAGUGGUGCUUAUACAGGCCAACACUAGAGAAAAAAAUAAGGAGCAGACACCAUACUUCAACGGUGACGUGAGGGCCUCUAAACAGAAGGAUGCGAAAGACGCUUUUAAUUAUGCAAAAGGCUCAAGUCCACUUAUGAAGAGAAUGACCACCCGCACUGGAAAAUCCAUCCAAGCGAGGGAUGCCACCUCCAGCACCCCAUCCACCCAGGGUGUUGCAACAGAUCAGGGGGCCGUUUGUAACCAGGGGUUUGACUUUGCUCAUCACAGCACCGAGUCACCUGCCACCAAUAGCACUCCUAAUAGCAACAGCCACAAUUCAAGGGAUUCCAUGGCAACUCACCAAAAUAGUAAGAUAUCCUCAGACUGUCAGGAGAGGAGCAAGCCUGUUCCUUCGCAGUCUGACAUGUAAACUUCCUGUGACCUGGAACAUCAAUUCAUCUAUCACUCUGGAUAAAUUUCCCAUCCAUGUUCCAGAAUUUUCCUGCUUUGUGCUUGAAUCUAGCAAAGGAAAUGACCAUUAAAAAAAGGAAGAAAUAAGACAUCUAAAGGCCACUGUUCCAUCUGUCGUAAAAGAUAUCCAUCUCAUCUUAUUUACUUGUGAGUUCUCAGUAAAAAGAUGGAUUUUUUUCUUGAAAAGUCCCCAUUGUCUCCUGUGUUUUCCUACCAAUGUGUAUGCACCUGCAACAUGGUUGUAAAUGUUAACAGUCAAAUUUUAAAAGAAUCCUGUCAAAGUGACAGUCACUUUUUCAGUGUAUUUUUUAAAACUUAUAAUUUCUUCUGCUUAAUAGUGACAUCAAUUUUAACAACUGGAAGCUCAUCGUAGUCUUGUUAAGAACCUAAUAGAUUCUAUGAAGCUCAGAAUUGUUCACAAGAGCUGUGUCCAAUUGUUGCUAAUACACCAAUCCUGGAAGUUGCAUAAUAUAGUAACAGUUUACAUAUCUCUAUUUCAUUCUGCUGCUUUAAUGCCUGGCAUUCAUUCCCCCAAUGCAUCUGUUACUAUCAGUGCAAUGUUUUCUUUUGAAGGACACACUGGGCUUUAACUACAGACAUAGGGAUUGUUUUUGUUACAUGCAUAAAGGAGUAGUAGCUGCUCUCUUCCAGCAGUGUCACGUUCCCCUAAAUGUUGAGCAUUCAUCACCGUCUCUCUCUCUCUCUCUCUCUCUCUCUCUCUCUCUCUCUCUCUCUCUCUCUCUCUCUCUCUCUGUUCUCCUCAGUCCUGUCGUCCUUUACCAUACACUCAUGCUUGGGAUAUGUAACCAAAAUGUGCUUGCUUUUCUCUUGGCACUGGCUGCAAGGAAGGACGGGGGCAGCGUUACUCCUCAGUCCUCACAAGAAGCACACACACGUACACACAUACAAGUACACUUGCACACGCACACACACCACAUAGAUGAUUCCAUAAAACUUGAAAGCAAGUUCCUUGUUCUAACACUAAUGAGUUUCAUAGUGUUGAGUCACAGAAUUUGAAGUAGACCAAUUAUUCCUUUUGGCUACUAGUCUGGGAUUCAUAAAAGGAGAUAACUAUUCUUUCUAAUCUUUUGGGUUUUGGGUACUUUGAGUACUGUACCUUUGUUAUAGAUUAGGGCAGGAUACCUUAAGUUUAAAAAUUUUUUAUACACUAGCUUUUAUAUAGAAGGCAGAGACAAUCACUCUAAAAUACUGAGGUUCUGAUGUUUUUCUGCACCGAUGGCAUGUUGAAACACUGUUGCAGCUCUGUGUAAAUGUGUGCUUUAUGAAAUAAACUUGGCAGAUGAAACACA